GUAGCAGGGGAAGUUUGACGUGAACCGACAGGAAACCUAAAGAAAAAAUAAAGGAAGUUUGACGAGAGUUUUGUUUAAAAUGUACCAGUUUCGUGUCCUUUAGCACUGAGGCACGGAUGUGUCCAACCGGAAACGCUGUUCCUGUUUUAGCGUUUUUUUGUGCUUGUCACGCGACUCUGUAGUUUCUGUGGAGAGAAGCAGAAAACAGCUCUGUUCUUCUCUGUCUCUCUCUCUCUCUCCUUUUUUCCUACGUUACUACUUUAUGCUUUUCACGAGCUUCUUUAUGAGGAGAAUGUCUUUCACUCUCCCCCGUCAUGUCAUCUGGGAGUCAGAGGGGCUGGUGGCCUACCUUCACCCGCGGUCCUGGACCCCAGGGUCUGUUAUCCUGGAGUGCAGCUCCUCUGGCAGCCCGGGGGGAGGAAGCAUCUUCCACCUACCAGAGUCAGAGUACUUGUCGUGGCUGCUGGGAGCGAGGGCCGUCGCUGAGCUGCUGUGCGACAGGUUAAGAGUUCGGAGGUGUGCGCUUGUCAGCAGGCGGCACCGCGACAGACCUGCUCAGAUCCACGUCCUUCCCUUACAUGGCCUUGAUGCAGAGUGGCGUCCUCACCUGGCGGGGGAGGAGGAGCACAACACCUUCGACCCGGGUUUCUGCACCUCUAAGACGGCCCCCAGAUGGAGUGACGCGAGCAUGACUGAAAUCCAAACCAAGAUUCGAGCCAAACUCCCGUCGCCUAACGCGCCUCCAAACCUCACCUUCCUCGGGGACGACCCCGCAGACCCCGGCCUGUUCUCACGGAUUGUCCGUGGGGAGGAGCAGCACUGGCGAGUGUGGGAGGACCGGGCUCACGUAGCCUUUCUUACGCCUUUCCCCAACUCCCCCGGUUUCACGGUGCUCGUCCCACGCCGGCCUUUGACCUCAGAUAUAUUCAGACUAGUAAAGGAGGAUUAUGAAGCAUUGGUGCAGGCAGCGAGGAAGGCGGCACAGCUUCUUGAGGAGAGUUUGGGCGCCUCAGACGUGGGGCUUAUUUUUGAGGGUUUUGAGAUCGACUAUGCUCAUGCCAAGCUGAUACCACUGUUUCUACCGUCAUCAUCAGAAGCUGGAAUUAAGUCCAGUGAACCCAGAACACCCCAGUUUUAUCCCACUUACCCAGGAUAUGUGACCUCAGAGGACGGACCUGAAGCUAGCCUGGAAAGUCUCAAGGAGAUACACGCCAAAAUAAUUCAGAUUUAAAAGCAGGAUACUCCUAGACACAGGUUUCCUUUAGAAUACAUGGUAGACUCCUCUCUUCUUUCUUUUGGAUAUGGAAUAAUGCCGUUUCAGGCUGCAAUGAAUAUUCAAUAAAUUGAAUACUAAAUGAAUUGUCAA